AGGCCAGGCAAAGUUUCACGUUUCUCUCGUGGAGGCCUGUGCAUGCAUGUUAUGUUCGGCUUUUUUCUGAUGCAAGAAUUUUGCUAAAAUCUUUUCACAUUAUUUAAGGCAGAGAAUAACCGUAUAUUUUUGGAGCCAGAGUACGUCGAUAUUAGAAAAAGAAAGGAUGGCUGACGAACAAGAAGGAGGCAAAUCUAAAAAACAAUUAAAAAAAGAAGCGAAAGAAAAGGAGAAGGCAGCAAAACGCGAGGAACAUCGUGGCGCUGCCAAGACCGGAAAUGAAGCACAAAUCCAAAAAGACGAGGAUGACUGCUCAGUUGGCAAGUACGGUGGCUUGGCGCUGAUACAAAGUGGCGAGCGGCCUGCUCGUGAAUAUUUGCAUGUUCGCGAUUUGGGCGCUGCUCAAAGCAACAAGACCGUUUGGAUCCGAGCUCGUCUGCACACCAGCCGCGCUAAAGGCAAGCAGUGCUUUGUGGUGCUUAGACAGCAAGAAAGCACAGUCCAGGCACUGGCUCAGGUUGACCAGAAUACUAGCAAACAGAUGGUCAAGUUUCUUUCCAACAUCAGCAAAGAGAGCAUUGUGGAGGUGGAGGGUGUGGUUUCGGCGGUCGAGCGCAAAAUUGAGUCGUGCACGCAGCAGGACGUAGAGCUGCACGUGCGCCAGGCCUUCCUGGUUUCUGCCGCAAAGCCCCAACUGCCCUUGCAAGUAGAGGACGCCUCGCGCCGCGACGACCCUUCUGACGCGGAGGGUCUGCAGAUCAGGGUGAACCAGGACACGCGACUGGACAACCGAGUUCUCGACCUUCGCACCCCGGCAAACCAGGCCAUUUUCAGACUGGAGGCGGCUGUGUGUCGCCUCUUCAGGGACCUGCUUACCACUCAGGGCUUCACGGAAAUUCACACGCCCAAAAUCAUUUCAGCGGCGUCUGAAGGCGGCGCUAAUGUCUUCACUGUGUCCUACUUCAAAGGACAAGCUUACCUGGCCCAGAGUCCACAGCUCUACAAGCAAAUGGCCAUUGCUGCCGACUUUGACAAGGUCUUCACUGUUGGAGCAGUUUUCAGGGCAGAGGACAGCAACACCCAUCGCCACCUGACAGAAUUUGUCGGCCUGGAUCUGGAGAUGGCGUUCAAGUGGCAUUACCAUGAGGUGCUUGACGUGAUCGGCAACACUUUCACCCAGCUCUUCAGAGGCCUGCAGGAGAAGUGUGCCACUGAAAUUGCUGCUGUGGGACAGCAGUAUCCUGUCGAGCCAUUUGUCUUCCUCGAUCCUCCCCUACGACUCACCUUCCGCCAGGGCCUCGAUCUCUUGGCAGAGGCUGGAGUCAAACUGAAUGAUGAGGAUGACUUGUCGACUCCUGACGAAAAACUUCUUGGACGCCUUGUUAAGAAGAAGUAUAACACUGAUUUUUACAUCCUGGACAAGUUCCCACUUGCUGUUAGACCGUUUUACACCAUGCCUGACCCUCUUGACAAAAAAUGGAGUAACUCUUACGACAUGUUCAUGCGGGGUGAAGAAAUCCUCUCUGGCGCCCAGCGUAUUCAUGAUCCAGAGUUUUUGACGCAGAGAGCCCAACAUCAUGAUAUUGAUUUGAGCAAAAUUGCUGCCUACAUUGAUGCCUUCCGGUACGGCUGCCCUCCUCACGCAGGUGGUGGCAUCGGUCUGGAGCGAGUGGUGAUGCUGUACCUUGGACUGGACAACAUAAGGAAAACAUCCAUGUUCCCCAGAGAUCCCAAGAGGUUGACACCAUAAAAGGUCGCUGCAACUGGCGAAAGCGAAAACGCAGUCACAGAUUAUUUCUUCUUUUUUUUUCUUGUCGUACUUUGUCUCUCAAUAAAGCAGCGUUUUUCCCACA